CUCAGUUGUUGACCUGGUAUCAGCUGGUUGUGUGACACCAUAGGUCACCAGGUCAGCCUUGACAAGGGAUGGCAUGUUAAACUGAUCCACUGGCAAUCAUUCAUUGCACUGAUCUGGGCAUCUGGUGGACAAACUCUGUCUUCAAAGGAACAUGGAUGCGUUUGAAGAACUUGAAAGAGCUGUCAGGAGCAAUGAUAUAGGCAAGGUGUCUGAGGUAAUGACCAACUGCCCUGAUCUGCGAGACCCCGGCUUCUCAUGGAUCAUCAACGAUGCCAUCAGACUUGGUCUAACAGAGAUCACACGUGUUCUGCUCGAGAAUGGUGUCCUAGCAAACAGCACGAGCAAGAACUUAUGUAAACCAUCCCCCCUCAUGAAUGCUUGUAAACUGGGCAAUAAGAACAUUGUGAGAUUAUUGUUGGAGCAUGGUGCUGCUGUGGAUGGCGAAGACAACUUUGGCGUCCCACCUCUUGUGCUUGCAGCUCGGAGCGGCAACAUGGAAAUCUUUGAUUUACUCCUUACCUGGAAGGCAAACGUUGACCAAAGAAUUGAUUACGAGUUUGUCAAAUGGCCUUUUAACAGUCAGAGGAUGAACCAGGCACAAUUAGAAUGCAUGAGUGCCCCCUAUGAACAAAACACAGUACUUAUUGAAGCAUGCCGAGCACAACAUUUUGAAAUUGUUCAAAAGUUAUUGUUGCAUGGCGCCAACUUGCAUGCGGCCAACCAAGCUAAAGAAACACCCUUGCAUAUCACGGCGUGUCCACGACCCUGGUUGUCUUAUCAGCACUACAACAAACGCAUCCUACCAACGGCACCAGAAAUUCUUCAUUGUUUACUUCAACAUGGAGCAGACGUCAAUGCUCACAACAUGUUUGGGCAGACGCCAUUGGAUCGUACACUAGCUGAAAUUGAACAUAUCCUAAACUGUAAAAUUCUCAGCGAAAAUGUGACAGAAACAUUGCAAAAACACUUCAGGAAUUUCUACAACAUGGUCCAGGCUGGCAGCAACUUGAAAAUCUACGCCAAUCCUGCUAAUGGAGAGGAGGAUCUGUACGGGUUUCUACUGGAUGCUUAUCUACAACAUCAAGAUUCUGAUUCACCCAAUAAAGCAUGUCUGCAGGAAUUCAAAAAGGUCUUGAAAGCCAUUGACUUAGCCCUGGGGAAGCCACGAGAAGUGUUUGUAAGGAGAUUCAUCAUGGAGAUAAGAGAAUCGAUCGAGAAACGCGUCAUCGUCGCUUGGUUAAAGUCCAGACAGCGAAACUGUCGUAGCCUGAAGGAAUUGUGUGGAACUAGAGUCCGGCAGGUCCUACACCCACCGCUGAUGCUGAAUGUCUUCACAGAAGAACUGGAAUUGCCACUGAACCUGCGUGAAUAUCUUAUCAAGUCAUAAUGAUAAGAACAAACCUUGGUUCAAACGGACAAGACAGUGCUGUUGCUACCAGAGCAGAGGCAUAAUCAGGCUUUAUACAGGCACUAUGGGUCCACCUUACAGAAGGUGUCACAUGAAUCGCACGAAAGUCCUGAGGAACAUUCCUGGCUUAGCAUGUUUCAUGUUGAUUUUGUUCUUUGAGUGUGACAGGCUGCUGCUGGUCCCGGAAGACAGAUUUCAUUAGUCAUUGUAUAUCAACUGAAAUAAGCCAGAAUGGAUCCUGGAAGCAUGAUUAUUCCUGCAAACUGGUGCUUGUGUACAGUUAGGAAGUUAAUAUAUAUGGUGCUGCCCAAAGACAGAACAAUAAAGUAAUGAGAAGACUGUCACUGCAAAAACUGACAUACGGUUAAAAUCAUCAAUAAGUGUAGACAACAUUUUGUAGAAUGUUUGAGGACAUUUCUUGAUGGAUCCCUUCAUUGUCAGGACUUGUCGUUGAAGAAGACCCAUUUUGAAAAAUACAGUCACCUCUGAAUUUUAAUUUUUUCAGGAAUAAAAUGUCUCUUUAUUUGUUCAA